CCUGCAGCCGCCCACAAAACCCCACGGACCGGGCGGCUGCGUCGCCAUCGCCUCUCCAACAGCAGCAGCAUCGGGAGCGCUUCGACGGUGCGCGGCGCGAGUUUUGCUGGUCCCGACGAGUCCGAGGCGGGCGAGCGCGAUGGCUGCGGGCGGCGGGUGCUGGCUGGGCGUGUGCGGCCUGGUGCUGCUGAGCGGCGCCCUGGCGCUGGGCCGGCCGGGUCUGGUGGGGGCGCCCGUGGAGGCCACCCUGGACGCGGAGGCGCAGCGGGCCCUCCAGUUCGCCAUGGAGCGCUACAACCGCGGCAGCAACGACGCCUUCCGCAGCCGGGUGGCCCAGGUCGUCAGCGUCCACAAGCAGCUUGUUGCCGGGAUCAAGUACAUUUUCAACGUUAAAGUCGGGCGAACGAGUUGCAGAAAUUCCGACGUGGUCGCCGGGGACUGCGAGUUCUUGGUGGAGCCGGGUCAGGCAAAGACAACAACUUGCACCUUUGAGGUGGUCGUUGUUCCUUGGCAGAACACGAUCAGGCUGGUGAAAAACGAGUGCCAGUAAACACACGUUGGCGUUGCCGCAGGGGGUGCAGAUGGCUAAUCUGAAGGUCCUUUCCCCAUUCAGGAAGAGCAAUAAUCUUCAUGACUCCUCGAGCAGGACUUCUUGCUGCCAACUCUGAAUUGCUUGUCUGCUCAUGUUAUGCAAGGAGAGUUCUCUAGCCAUUCUUUUAAAAAGUUAAAAAAAACCUUGUUUCUUUUGUGUGUUCUUCACUGAAUUUUGUAACCAGUGUUUUCAGGCUUGGUUAGGAGCAGAUAAUAAAGAUACUACAUUUACCUUAA